UAGGGGCACUACUGCAAUUGUAGUUCGCGCGGUCCCACACAAUCGAAAACAGUUCGGCUGGGUUCGGUUGUGCACGGCGCUGUUGGAUACGUAUGAAAUCGGGUCGAACCAACUGAGUCAAAAAACCAGCUGUAGAGGAGGAGUGAGACGCGCUUGAUUACACCCGUCCGUUCCGUACCAGAAGUAUAGUGAGCAGGCAAUAUGGGAUUCGAUAUGACCCGAUUUCAGGGCGAAGUUGACCAGGAACUAAUUUGUGCGGUAUGCUCCGGCGUCUUGGAGGAUCCAGUCCAGGUGAGCAACAUGUUGCAGGCGCCUGAAUGCGAGCAUACUUUUUGUCGUACAUGCAUUACCGAAUGGAUAAAAAGACAAGCCACCUGUCCUCUGGACCGGACACCCAUCGAUUCCACUCAACUCCGAGUGGCCCCCAGAAUCCUGAGAAAAUUGUUGGCCCGUCUCAGCAUCAGCUGUGACAAUGUCAUGCACGGGUGCCAAGAGAUAGUCAAGCUGGAUAAUUUGGUCUCGCAUUUGGAAAAAUGUGAAUAUAAUCCUGACAGACCCAUGCUUUGUGAACAAGGGUGCAAUGUUGUUAUUCCUAAGAACGAGCUGAAAGAUCACAAUUGUGUCAGGGAACUCAGGAGCAUCAUACACUCGCAGGAACAGAAGCUCAUGGACAUGAAACGUGAGAUGGUUAUACAGAAGUUACAAAUAGCAGAGAAUAAGAGGGAAAUACGCGUGAUUCAUAAUAUUCUUGGUUUACUGAAAUGCGGACCUAUGCAAGAUGUAGGUAUAGUUAGACAAGAGGAAAGGGAAAUUGCAAGGUGGUCUGCCAGUCUUCCUCCAGCAAAAAUAAAUAGGUGGGGCGGAAUGAUUUCCACACCUGAUGAACUGUUACAGUCGAUGGUGAAAGGAACACUGAUGCGUGCUGAAUGCCCACUUCAUGCGAUCGAUCAGCUUAUGGAAAACUGCCACGAGAGAAACUGGCCAUCUGGUUUAAGAUCUCUCGAAACCAGACAGAAACACAAGCGACUGUAUAGCGGCUACGUUUGCAAACGAUUACCCGGCAAGCAAGCAGUGGUGGUCCUCCACUACGAUAACAAGCACAUGCCAGCAUUCAUGAUGGCUCAACCUGGAUUAGUGAUGAUAUUUGCGCAUGGUAUCGAGUAAUAUUUUGUACAGACGCUGUACUAUGCGCAGAAGAUAUUUUGAUGUGCAUUUAUUUUGUUGUUUGUUAACAAUCAUCCGUGAUUAAUCUUCAAGGAAUAUGGAGAUAUCUUUGUAAUUAUGAGCAAGUACCGGGAUAUUUACUGGAAUAUGUCUGUAUUAUGCAUCUGUGACACAGGAUAUUGUCUAAAAAGUAUUGAUACGAGCAAACGGCCGUACGCCAUUUGUGAUAAAACAAUUGUACAGUUACAAUUGCCAUGUAACAAAUCUAUCUAAUUGAUUGUCUGGAUCGUUACACUGUGAUAUACUGCAGUAGUGACUCUCGUAGUGCCGCACAGUUCAGGGAUUCCAGACCGUGAACCUAAUUUCUAUUGUCAUGAAUCCUCAAAAGUAGAACUCUCAUGAACCAAAUUCGGAUUGCCAAAAAGUGAUUUAUUUGAUAAAGUCGGAGGUAAUUUCGGAUAAAGUCUCAGGUGGUGUUGAUUGGGGAAUAUGCACUGCGAGAAUCACAAGAGCCGUGCAUUAUGGAAGCCAUUAUUGUACUGCAUCGAGAAAGUUCAUGAAAUUGCAUGACAAAUAGUCUGCAGUUUUUCUACUUAUCACUGGGAAAGUAAAUAUUCUGUAUAUGUACAUUUCUGGAAAUUCGAUUCUUUAAGCACAAUGAACGGAGCAACUAUUUGUCAACGAUUUCAAGAAAUUUUUUUUACACACAUAGAAAUCUAUAAGUGUUUACUCUAAUACCUUAGACGUGUAAGUAACAGAUGAAUAGAAAUUAUCAGUAUAGUAAUACUUUUAAGAUUUGAAUGUGUUCUAAAAAAUAAGUUUUAGAUGUGAGGAGAGAAAAUUUUGUUCUUGCUUCCUUAACACUAUUUAUAUGAUUCGAAUAAAGUAUUUCUAUGAACACGUACACCGAAAGACAUAUAUAGAGCAACAAUCGUGACUACACGUAUGCAUUUCACAUAUAAUAUUGUGUGCACGUUACUUGGUUCACUGUCGCAAGCAUUUGUUUAUUUAGUUUUCGUGAAGCGUACAAUUUAAGAGAAAUAUUUGUUUCCUCGGGGUUUAAUAAAAAAAAAUUACAUAGUAGUGAUAUUCUAUUUACUUUUUCGUCUUUUUGCACAAAUAUGUUAUUAAAUAAAAUAGAAAUUAUUAAAUGUCACCAUGUGUUGUGUCACAUAGAUUUUCACGUCAUUGCACCGAUACACCACCAAAUAUUUACUUAUAUAAUUGUGCUUAAAAUUUGUUAUGUUUUCUGGCAUAAUUGAAAAGUGAGCUUGCAACUUCGAUGUACUACAUAAUGAGUAAUUGAUUGCAAUAAUUUUUAUAAUGUGAUUUAUUACUUCCUAGACAAUUAUAAAAAGAAAUUUUCCGGUCCAUUGUGAUAUUGACUUUACGGUCAUAGUACUCGGUACAUUAAAGCAUCGACCAGCACAUUUUUCUUGGAGUUCAUAUGUGUACUCAAAGAUUAUAGGCAGCUUUAUACACAGGUUGAUAGUUGUUAUGAUUAUAAUGAGUUUGAUCUUUGUGUAUUGUAAGUCGUUUAUUACAUAGUUUAUUUUAUUUUACGCACGUCAUAAUAAAAAAAUAUGCAAUGAAAUGGGAA